AUGGCAAGCGGGCAGAUGUCGUCGCAUCGGCGGAUGAGCCAAGGCUCCGACAGCUCAGUGAAGCGGACCCCGCUGAUGUCAGCCGACAACCUGGGCCAAUACCGUCUCGUUCCUGAUGUGGAGUGUGCUGCUGACAAGGAUGCAGCAGUUCAGCAGAAGUCCUGCUGCCAGCCCGACUGCUGGGAGGAAUUGCUCCACAGUGUCGGAUUUAACCUUUUCAUCUCCACGUUGAUCGUUGCCAAUGCCAUCGUCAUUGGCUUGGAGACAGACAAUGUCGGGGAAGUCUGGGCAGUACUGGAAAUUGCAUUUCUGGGCAUUUUUUCCAUCGAGCUGCUUCUGCGGAUCCUCGUCUCCGGGCCGACAAAAUUUUUCGCCUAUGCGAACGAAGACUUCAGCUGGAACCUGUUUGAUUUUUGCGUCGUCAUCGCUGGUUGCUUCGAUGUUAUGUUUGACUUCUCGCCGGUGAGGCACGAGAAGGGCAGCUUCAUGACCUUCUUGCGCAUCAUCCGGCUGCUGAGAGUCAUGCGGAUGAUCCGUCUCUUGCGAUUCUUGCGAGACUUCCACGUCCUUACAUUUGGCUUCGCAGCGGCUGCUGUUGCCAUUAGAAAUGUGUCCCUAUUGAUGCUGGCGGCGAUAUAUGUCACGUCGAUUGUCUGCGUUCGAUUGAUAAUUCCGUUCAUGCAGGACAACGAGCAUCAGGAGUUUCUGAACGCUCACUUCGGCUCUCUCCGGAAGUCGAUGCUGUCCUUGUUCUUCUUGCUGUCCGAGCCAGACUUGAUGCCCUACUGGGAAGUCCUGGAGUCUGACGCGCUCCUGGCAGCCUUUCUCAUAGCCUUUGUCGUUUUUGUGAGCUUUGGCAUUGUAGGCCUGUUGACUGGCCUCGUCUGUGAGAGCAUGUUCGACAAGAACGACGCCAGGAUCGAGCAGGAGCGCGCGGAGGCCGAGGAGAAGCGGCAGAGGAUCAUCCAAGGCUGUGAAGGCAUUUUCGAGACGAUUGCAAGUGCGCAAGGUCAUGCAUCCAUUGACGACAUCAUGCAGAUUCUUCCUGCAUUGGGCGAGCUAUGCGUCGAAGAGGGCGUGCCCUUCGCUCGAGAGGAUCUCGUCAACACAGUGAACUGCAUGGACACAGAUGGCAGUGGUUCCAUCGACAAGAAAGAGUUCUGCGUCGUUCUCGGCUUUCUCCCGGGAGUUAUGGAACCGGCCACAGCAGCCGUGAAGCUCCUCCGAGUUCCUCGUCAGAGUAUCGUGCACUUGGCAGAGGGAUUGCGACCCAUCUCCAUCGUGGAGUUGCACUACAUCACGGCACAGACGAAGGUCAAAGUAGACAGGUGCGAGAGUCUUCUUGCUGGCAUCGCGCAGUAUUUCGAGACGGAAACGCAGGCAUCGUCUCCUAAAUCAUCGCCGAGCAAGCAGGUUCUGCGCCCACCAGCUACAGCUGCAGCCCGAUCUGCGACCUCGCCGAAGGCAACCAAGGUUCUUUCGCCGGGCAAGUUCAACAGCAAUCCGAUUCGGGAGCGACGACAGACAUCCGAGCCCCAACACUCCGAGCCUUCCUUCCACCUCGGCUUCGACACGCCUGGGACUAGUGUCGCCAAGGAAAUCGAGGACCUCAGGGACACGUUAUUGAAGGAGCUGCGGUCGAAGGCUCUCGUAUCGCCGAUCAUCGGCGACGGUGGUUUAGAGCGCAUCCUGCACGAGGUUGAAGCAGUCCAGCGGGAGACAUCAUCCCAGCUUCAGCACCAGCUAACUUCAGUGGUUGAGGCAACUCGACAGGUGCACACCGGCAUCCUGCAGGAAGUUGCAACCAUGCAAUCUUGCGUGUCCGCGACCCUGCAGUCCUUGGCCCAGCAGAGCGUUGUGGACUUUGUUGGCGACUGCAUGCUGACGACGCAGACUCAGGAGCUAGACACGUGGAAGCAAUCCUUCUUCGCUGAGCUGGAGGCCAUGAAUCUGAGCCUUGCACAAGCACCGCAGUGGAGGACGGCGAACAAGAGCUUUCGACAGCAUCCACAUGUGCCGGAUGUCCUGGACAACGCAGUGUCUCCUGCGCAGGGGACACCUUCGACAGCCAGAGAAGCUGCUGAGAGGAUAGCGGCAGCUGCUCUUCGCCACAGUGCAAGUGCGGUUGGCAGAACGGUCCACCCCGACAUCUGCUUCCUCGUGGCCACCGUCCCCGGACGUGUCCGACGCGACCAGGCGAUGGAGGGAUGCACUGAGCUGAAGCCCGCGCCGCUCGAAGCAGCGCCAAAGCUGCGCCGAAGCUGCGCCAAAGCUGCGCCAAAGCUGCGCCCGCUCCGGAGCCCCCAGGACUUUCCACGCUCCCGCAUCGUCUCCCAUUUUGCUCAGAUGAUGUUGAAGCACCCGAAGUUCACGGAGCUCCUGCGCGGCACGGCGCGAGGCCUGGCGGAGAAGUUUGCGGAGAGGGAACUCCAGCCACUCCUGUGUGCCGACCUCUCGCGUCCUUCACCUAUGCCCCUGGCGUUGACAGGUCGAGCCUUGAAGCCCGAAAGAGAGGUGACGGACGCUCUGAAGGCUUUCUGGCGAAACUUCGUCGAGGUGGAGACCAAGAAUCGGGAACUACGCCUGCUGGCGUUCAUGUACCACCAUCUACGGGAUCCAGCACAGCCGGGUCAAGGCUUGGAGGGCACCACAUGCCAGGAGGACAUAGACGAGAUCUGCGGACUGUUGGCAGAGCAGUUGCCGGUAGCGCACGACGAGGUCCUGGUGCUUUGCAUCGAGGUCUUCUUGUCCCUGAGAGCUGUUCAUGCGAAGGAACAGGCAGCUGGGGUGUCCAGGAUUGCGAGCAUUCAGCCGGAGUGUCUUUACUUGCUUCGCCUCGUGCAACUCCUGCGACUUCGCGAACCUCGGGUUCCCGACUUCGUGGCAGAUUUGGAGGCCAUGGAAGUACACAUUGCUGAGCUGGAGAGCAAGCUCGCGCAAGCACGUGUCGAGGCUCUUGAGAAGGAGCUAGCAGCAGCACGAGCCCGACAUGUGGCCCAAUCACAUGCCCAGGGCGUGGCCCAAUUUGCUGAUGACGCCCUUCAAGCAGUGCCUGCCUGUCUCGAACAAGUGGCACCACCAACAUCACCGGAAUCUCCGGCCUGUGCCAGCGAGGGAUCCCAUCAGGUUGUGCCAUUAGUGGACAUGGCACCAGCCCUACAAGCUCCUGAGACACCCUCCGUGCCAUUACCAACACCGGCGAAACGGCAGCGCACUUCAGAGGCUUUGGUCGAGGAUCCAUGUCAAUCCGGGCCAUGCAUUUCACUAGACCAGACCCCGAAAGCAUCGGUUGCUCGUGGAAGUUCCGAAGCGGUCGUUGUGCUUUCCGGCGAUGGAGCAUCAUCGUCAAAGGGCGAUCAGCAGGAUCCGAAGACGCAGCAACUUGUGGAGAUGGGUUUUUCCCGACGGAGUGUUGAGCUGGCCCUGCAGCAGAACAGAGGAUCUGCAGAGCUUGCAGUGGGCCAGCUACUGAAGGAACUCGAGGAUAUGCCAUCUCCCCUGGAGCACAUGCAGUCGAUGGGCUUCGAUGCCAGUGCUGCAGCUGAUGCGCUGCAAAAACAUGGCAGGAUAGGUGCCGCAGUGCAGGAGCUCGUUGUAGGCCGAAGCCACAGCCAGGCUUCCGGUCCGUUGCCAGAGCCGACUUUCGAGAAAGGACGCGAGCCCGAAGCCUCGCAGUCAGAGGGUGCUGCAAAGCGUGUUCGACGUGAUCCAUGUGAGAUCAGUGCAGAGGGGGAGCCUGUUUUGGAGCUGCCGCUGCCAAACAAGCUCUUGAAUCCGGAAUCUCAUCCAGGGAAAGAGGCCACUGAGAAGAAGGUUGAGCACAGCGAGGCGACGGCUGCAACUUGCGCAGAUGCAGGGAAGCGUCCAAAAUCCAAGGCCAAGCCGAAGUCGAAGCAAGAACCGGCUCCCAAGAAGAAGGCACAGCUGAAGGGAAGCAUAGCCGCCGUCUUUGAGGGGAGCAUGUUGACGACCGAGAGAACGAUCCGUGCAAAGCCCUCCAUGCCCCUCGCAGAAGACAAUGCGUGCAUCACCCUUGCCCAGGCUACCGUAUCUCCAGACUGCAGGGUGGUUGCAGAGGGAAAAUGUGCAGCCGCAGAUGACGAGGCAGAGGUGGUUAGGGUAUUCAAGGCAGGCAGGCGGCAAAAAUUCGGAAAGUUCUUGGAUGCUUUCGGCUGGCUACAUCUCAUCAUGAGGAAUGCAAAUGCUCAGAUGCGGCGCGAUCUGCAAGCGGCCAAGCUCAGGCUGCCGGCAGUGCUGGAUGCUCUCGUUGGCAGCGUGGAUUGGGCUGACCAGAAUUCCGUCAAGCGGUUGGCACAGAAGCUGCAGGACUUGCAAGAAAGAUGGAAGGAUGGACGACGGCCAACGAAAAUCGAGCACCACGCGUGCUUGCUGGAGCUUCGUUCGGGGAGCAGGUGCAGAGAAGGCAGCACAGGCCUCGAAAGCAUGUGGACAACGGGGCGCCUGCAGAGCUAUUUCGCGGAAGCCUGCGAGACGCAGGAGAUUCUCUUGGAUCUGGUAAAGCACUUUCCGAAUCUUCUGAACGAGACUGACGGGGAAGCACCUCCCGAACUCGUGAAGUACUCCACAGGAGCAUCUGCCACGGUGCAGACCGUCAUGAUGGUUAAUCAUAUGUGGUCGAACAGGAUGAUGAUGCCGGAUCAGGAAAAGCGAGUUCCAUUCAGUGUGGACUUGAAGCCGCUCUUCUUGCUGCUUCUCCGUGAGAUCCACUCUGAAUGGCCUACUUUUCGCAAAGAUGCAAAGCUGUUGCUCAAGAUUCGAAGCGUCAGGAACAGCGGUGGGUGGGUGGCGCACCCAAAGACGAGAAGGACGGGCAAAUCUUCAGAAGCGCUGCUGUUUGGUGAGCAGCACAUUGACGCUGAGCUCAAGGCUGCAGUCGGACUCCAGCCAGCCGCGCUCCUGGAUGCGCUGGGUGGGCAGCAACCCUGGCGUGCGAUCACGCAGCAGGAGAUCGGCAUCGAGGCUCCGGAUUCACCGACAGAGGGGCUGAUCCUGAAGUCAGCAGGCGACGAAGCUACAAUCAUCGAUCGGGAAGAUCAGUUGCAGGCCUUGGUGUCCCUGGGCGUGAUUGAGCGCCGCAUCAUGUUAACCCAGCAGGAGAAGCUCGACAAGCCACGCUUCGUGCUUUCCCACUUCGGCAACAACCUGAGGUCUUGGUGGUACUGCGAGAACUGUGGCAUGUGGCUGGAUACACGCGAUGCAUCUUACUCUUCGAAUACCCAGCGCUCGGCUCCGAGGAAUCACCGCUGUGGCAAGCGCGAUAGAGAUCGUCAGCUGCAUGAGAAAUCGACCGCCAAGCCCACGGUCUUCAACAUAGAGAAAGGUGCCGAUUUGGGCUGCCACGUCCGUGCGGUGCAAUAUGGCACUGAUAGGCUGAUGCUGCAGCUCCGGGUCCCGAUCAGCGCACUCCAGCAAAUCGAGUACGCUGCAGGGGUUACAUGUCAGCGCUUGAAGGCCUCCGUUCGGAUUGCCAGUGCUUGCCAGCACGAUAUGGAGGCUGAAGCAGAGCAGAAAGUGGAACAGGAUGAAUGUCCGAUUGAGGAGGCCGAGGAGCAAAAGGAAGUCUCCGGCAAGGAGACAGCUCCACUCAAGCGUCGACGGACCGAGCUUGGGACGGACCAGACCCUGGGCAAAGAGAUGUGGUGA